ACCUUCACCCCACCACCACUGCCCAGCAUGCGCACCCCCACCUACCUCUCCUCGUGCUCCGCACUCCUCAUCUGCGCCCUCGCUGCGCGCGGCGCCGUGCUGCGCCCGCACGCCGCCGAGGAGCUGACGCUCGACAACCAGGGCCUCAUGCACUGGGCCGACGACGCCGUCGCCGCCGCCGCCGACGCCCUGCCCGCGCUGGGCCGCCCCGACUUUAGCGCGCUCGACGUGCAGGCCCUCGAGGCGCAGGCCAAGCCCGCCGCCGACUGGCUGCGCACCAAGCUGCACGAGGCCGAGGGCACGAUGGCCUCGGUCGAGGAGCAGGCCAAGCAGUGGCUGCACCAGGGCGAGCAGCAGGCCGCCAAGUGGCUGCACAAGGGCGAGAAUGAGGCGCUGGCCUGGCUCGGCAAGGGCGAGGAGGAGGCAAAGGCGUGGCUCAGCAAGGGUCUCGUCGCCGUCGAGGGCAUGCAGUACGAGCGCCUCGUGCACCCGCACUUCCCCCAGUACUCGCUGCGCCUCGCGCAGGACCCCCUGACGCACUGCGACCCUGACGUCAAGUCGUACGCCGGCUACCUCGACGUCGAGGACAAGCACUUCUGGUUCAGCUUCUUCGAGUCGCGCAGCAAGCCGUCGAAGGACCCCGUGCUGCUCUGGCUUAACGGCGGACCGGGCUGCAGCUCCAGCACGGGCAGCCUGUUCGAGGGCGUCGGCGCCUGCGUGCUCGCCAAGAACGGCACCGACACGGCGUACAACAAGCUCAGCUGGUCGAACCACGCCAACCUGCUCGUCCUCGACCAGCCCGUCAACGUCGGCUUCUCGUACUCGGACAGCGGCAACGUGAACAACACGCCGCUGGCCGCCGAGGACGCCUACGCCUUCCUGCAGCUCUUCUUUGCCAAGUUCGACAAGUUUGCCUCCAACGACUUCCACAUUGCCGCCGAGUCGUACGGCGGCCGCUACGCGCCGCUCUUCGCGGCCAAGAUCCACGAGAAGAACCAGGCGCUGCAGAGCUCGCGCUUCGUCAACACCAACAACAUGGCGCCGAAGCACAUCCAGCUCGCGAGUGUGAUGCUCGGCAACGGCCUGACGGAGCCGCAGACGCAGUUCGCCAGUGUGCCGGACUACGCGUGCAAGGGCAAGUACGCCAUCUUCGAGGAGGACAGCCCGACGUGCACGAAGCUGUACAGCAAGGCGUCGACGUGCGCCUCGCUCAUCGGCUCGUGCUACAGCUCCAACUCGCGCUUCACGUGUCUCCCUGCCGCGCUCUACUGCUGGUCGGGCCUGUACACGGACGCGCAGCAGUCGGGCCUGAACCUCUACGACGUGCGUCGCAAGUGCGACCGCGCCGAGGACAAGGAUGGUCCCUUGUGCUACGCCGGACUCGUUGACAUGGAGCGGUACAUGAACAUGCCCAGCACCAAGAAGGCCUACGGCGUGCCCGCCAGCCUCGAGUUCAAGUCGUGCAACAUGGAGAUCAACCAGGGCUUCAUGAUGCAGGGCGACUCGACGCACAACAGUGCCGAGGUGCUGCCGCAGCUCAUUGCCGACGGCGUGCGCGUGCUCGUGUACGCCGGCGAGGCUGACUUCAUGUGCAACGCCAUCGGCAACGAGCGCUGGCUCAUGAAGCUCGAGCAGCCCUACCACGCCGAGCUCGAGAAGACGAAGCCGACGAAGUGGAUCGCCGGCGACAAGAGCGAGGCGGGCUACGUCCGCGCUGCCGGCAAGGGCUUCGGCAACGUCGCCUACGUGCGCGUCGCCAACGCAGGCCACAUGGUGCCGCUCGACGUGCCCGGCCCGGCCCUCGAGAUGGUCGAGGCGUGGCUGUCGAACAAGGCACUCGUGUAAAGCUGCCCUCAGCUACCGUCGAGGCAGUGUCUCUCACUCCCUCCUCCGCGUCCGAGCAUCUCUCGGUGUGCCUG